GCCUCCAGCAUGGAGUGGGAGCUCAACUUGCUGCUCUACCUGGCGCUCUUCUUCUUCCUUCUCUUCCUACUUUUCCUCCUUCUCUUCGUGGUCAUCAAGCAGCUGAAGAACUCCGUGGCCAGCACCGCUGGGGCGCUCCAGCCCGGGCGCCUCUCGCUGCACCGCGAGCCUUGGGGCUUCUCUCACGAGCAAGCGGUGUGA